GUGACCCUGCAGCCGCUGUCCGUCUGUCCACGCGGCUGCUGGCGCUGGGGGGGGACGUGGGGCUGCGCAGCCGCUGGACCCACAUGAACGCCCUGCACUACGCCGCCUACUUCGACGUGCCCGAGCUCAUCCGCACCCUCCUGCGCGCAGCGGGGCCCCGCGUGCUGCACUCGACCUGCAGCGAUUUCAGCCACGGCACCGCCCUGCACAUCGCGGCCUCCAACCUGUGCCUGGGGGCCGUGCGCUGCCUCCUGGAGCACGGGGCGGACCCCGCCCUCAGGAACAGCAAGGGGCAGGUGGCGGCCGAGGUGGUCCCGGACCCCACGGACAUGGCCCUGGACCGGGCGGAGGCGGCGGAGGCGGCGCGGGAGCUGCGGCGGCUGCUGCUGGACGCGGUGCCCCUGAGCUGCAGCCUCCCCCGCGUCACCCUGCCCAACUACGACAACCUGCCCGGCACCCUCAUGCUGCUCUGCCUCGGCCUGCAGCUGGGGGACAGGGUGCGCCUGGACAGCGGCAAGGUGGGCACGCUGCGGUUCUGCGGCACCACGGCCUUUGCCAGUGGGCAGUGGGGGUUUGGGGUGGGCGGGGUGGAGCUGGACGAGCCUGAGGGGAAGAACGACGGCAGCGUGGGGGGGGUCCGGUACUUCAUCUGCCCCCACAAACAGGGCAUCUUCGCCUCGGUCUCCAAGAUCUCCAAGGCUGAGGAGCAGCCCCCGCCCCCUCCCCCUCCCAGCCCCCGGGACCCCCGGCCCAGCGCCCCCACAAGGCCCAGAAGGACAAGAGCGUCCCGCAAGCGGGGCGGGGCGUGGCUGGACCGGGAGGGCCGCCGGGUGGCCCCGGGGGACGCGGUGCUGGUGGCCGGACAGCGCCCGGGCAGGGCCCGCUUCUACGGACGCACCGACUUCGCCCCCGGGUACUGGUUCGAGGUGGAGUUGGACUCGCGGGGGCAAACACGGCAGCUCCGUUUUGGGGUCCGAUAUUUCACCUGCCCCCCCAAACACGGCGUCUUGCCCCCCUCCCGCGUCCAGAGGGUCGGGGGUCCCAAGGAGGAGUCGGGGGACGCGACCCCUGAGAAGAAAGGGCAGCAGGUCACAGUGUCCCAGCCCAAGCGCAACUUCCCGGCCGUGCGGACCCCAAGGACAUCACGUCCGAGAGCUCCUUCUCCAGGUGGGGACAGCGCGGGGACA